AUGACUGCUCCAGGUGCUAAUCCAAUAUAUCAAUUCAGUUUAGGUAGAAAACCAACAUUAAGAUUAUGUUCAGGCUCACCAAGAUUAUCAGUUUUCGAAAGACAAUUAUCAUUAAUGAAAACACCAACUAUUAUGCAAAAUAACCUGUUGAAUUCACCAAAUUCUGGUAAUAGAUCAAUUUUAACAAAUUCACAAGGUUCUUCACCAAUUAGUGAUCUGCAAUCUUCUUCAAAUUCUUCAGAAGCUACUUUAAUUGCAAGUGGGAAUAAUCUUGAUAAUUUGAAUCCUAUGAAAUAUAUUGGUAUCAAUUCAUCAAAAUCUAGUAUUCCAUCAAAUUCACCAGUGCCUUUUAAAAAACAGAAUUCAAUACAACGUCAUAAGGAAACUUCAAGUACAAAUAAAUCAAUUGCUUUUAAGAUCCCUAUACAAGAAAUUAUCAAUUACAAGAACUCAUUGGAACACUUCAUUAAUGAAGGUUUAGAUCUUGUGUAUUCCAUAACUAGAAAUGAUGUUGAUUUGUUUUUGGAUUAUUUAUCAGAACUUGUCAUUGGAGUUUUCGUUGUUUUCGGUGCUGAAAUUUUAAAAUUAAAUAAAGAUGGUUUCUUAGUAUUGGUUCAAUUUGUCACUGCAAGUGUCAUUAGAAUCGGUUUCAAGAAUGGUGAAUAUGAUUCAUUACUAUUACAAAGUCCAAUUGUUCCAAUUUUGGAAGGUUCAAAUUUACCUGUUGAAUUUAAAAGAUCAGUUUCACAUUUAAUUACAACUUUACAAUUUUAUAUUUUGUUUUCCACUUUAAGAAUCACUGCAAUAUUCAAAAAUAAUUAUUGUAUUGAAGAUUCAAGAAUUGAUUCAUUAUCAAUCAUGGGAUUAGGUGCGGUUAUGAUUUUGUUGUGUUUAAAUUUGAUUAUAAAUUCCUUACCGGCUUCACGUCGUUACAACUCGGAACUUGAAAAAUGA